GAUAGAUAGAUAGAUUGUAUAUUCUAGAGAAUGAAGUUGACACCUUCAUCUAUUCCCCGGUUUGUCUGCCAGCUCCAGGAACAAACUUUUUAGGAACUCCAGUUGUUGUAACCGGCUGGGGGACUACUGCAGAAAAUGGUCCACAAUCAGCUGUUCUACAAAAACUUGAAAUGAGGGUUGUUCCUGAUGAUGUGUGUAACAAAGCAAUGGUAGCUCAAGACGGUCCAUUUUGGGGAAAGAUAUUUGAGAAAGAACAGCUUUGUGCUGGAGGUCAGCUGGGGUUCGAUUCGUGUCAGGGAGACUCUGGAGGACCAUUGGUAGCUGAAGGUUCUAAUGGGAACUAUAGGCUAGCUGGGAUUGUAUCUUGGGGCAUAGGAUGUGCAAGACAAGGACUUUACGGGGUCUAUACAGAAGUUCAAAAUUACAUUGGUUGGAUUGAGACAGAAAUAAACAAAAAGGAUGGAACCAACUCUUCAUGGGAGAACAUAGCAUGUACAUAACUGUCGUAUAUGAAAAUAAAUCAUGUACUAGACCCUCCUA